AUGGAGGAUCUGGGGUCUCCAGCGGCGGGUUUAGCGAGGGUGAAUGCCAUACAUCCUCCACGUUGCUGUGUCAAAAGACGGCAUAGGGUGCUAUCCUUUAGACUGACACAGGUACUUACCAGGCAUGGAUGCUUCAGUAAGUACCUGCAUCAGAUCGUGGGUAGGGAGGCCACUCCUGCUUGUCACACGUGUGGUGAGCCAAGUGUUACGGCGCGUCACACUCUCGAGGACUGUAUCGCUUGGGGACCCCAGCGCUGCGCCCUGGUGGCCGUCAUAGGCGAAAUUCUGUCGCUGCAGAGCGUGGUCCGCAGUAUUCUCAGCAGUGACAGGUACUGGUCGGCCGUAACCUCCUUCUGCGAGGAGGUCAUGGCGUUAAAGGAGGCUGCGGAGCGACAGCGCGAGGCUGACGUUCACGCCAAUCCACUCCGCAGGAGACGACCAGGGGGAAGGAGACGCCGUUAUACGCUCCUUCACCCUUCGCAAUAG